AUGGAGCCGACUAUGCAUGUGCUUGAUCCAGAAGGCGAUACUCUUCUUACUCUUGCCAGUCCGAACCCACCAUUUGUAACGAGUUACUCUCUGUGGCGAAUUGCUCUGCCACAGUAUAAUACCUGGGAAACGAGAAACAAGGAGCGGUUAUUAUGGACCGCCCCAGAUGAAUCAGUCAAAAUAUUUACAACGGACCUUACAAUAAAAAUGCAGCUCUCAUCAAAGCAUUUAAAGUUAGCGUCUGAUUAUUUUAGGACGAUGAUGGCCGGCAACAACUGGAAAGAAUCUACACCCAAAGAUGGCUUCUCAUUUUCUGUGACCGCGAACGGCUGGAAUGAAGAAGCGUUGCUUACCGUUAUGCGCAUACUUCAUGGCCGAACAAAAGUAAUACCACGCACAAUCAGCCUUGAAAAGCUAGCCAAAAUAGCUGUCGUUAUUGAUUACUAUAACCUUCACGAGGCUAUUGAUUUCUCCGCAAAAGAGUGGAUUUAUAACUUAAAAGAGCCCCCACCUACUUCCUUCGGAAGAACUCUGCUGCUAAGAUUCUUGGUAUCCUGGGUGUUUUCAGAAGUCUACACUUUCCGACAAUUGUCGAAGAUCAUCAUACAAGAGAGCAGGGGUCCGGUUAACGCUCAAAGCUUACCAAUCCCAAAGGCUAUUAUCGACGCUCUUGAUCAGAAAAGGCAAGAACUUGUAUCUGGGGUUAUUUCGGGUCUUGAGAGCCUUCAGGGAAAGCUUCGUGAAAUACCAGGUGAAUGCGUAUUUGACUGCUCCGCAAUGACACUGGGCGCUCUUAUGAUAGAUAUGAAAACAAUGGGUCUUGAUCCUCUGCCAAAGUCACCAUUUCACGGCUAUAGUUUCAUGACCUUGAAAGAGUGUGUCGAAAACAUCCAGGAGCCAAGUUAUAACCACAUCAAUCAUAAAACAUCUCAGCCCGUUAGGCAGUCAAUCGCUAAUAGGUAUGAAUAUUCGAAGCCUGAACCUCGCAGCUGCAGUCUCAUGGCGAAGAUCAAUUCAAUAAUCAAUGAACAACUUGGCAAAAUAGAUGGAUUGGAUUUAAAUAGUUUUAUUGAUAGAAGCUAA